AUGCACAAGAGACACAUUGUUCUUCAGCUUUUGCCGCUCAAUGUGUGCUUGCCGAUCGGUGGUGCGGGCGAGCAUCAUCCACCCGACGGGAACAAUACUCUCUCGGAAUGGGACCCGGACGACAAACCCACCGUAACCGUCAAAUACUCGCCGGUGCGCGAGGCGGGGCGCAUCUUCAACCAUCUCUGCGAUCAGGCGGAACGGCUGAGUCUGCCUGCGGAGGUAGCGGAGCGCAGGGACGCGGUAUCGUUCACUUCCACCCACGACGAAAUCUACUACCCGAUUCCGUUCAAGGAGACCGAGACGUUGGCUGCGUUGAAGGGUGUGGAGGGCGCAGUCGCCGGCGCCAUCGCGGAUCUGAGGUAUGGGCCUUCGGGUCAAGCGCGGAAUGUCAAGGUGAGCCUUGAGCGGGCGACUGCAUUUGGGUGCCAGGCGUAUAUGGCCAAGGUGGAUGGCUUGUCCAAGCUGGAUCCGGAGGUGAAGAAGAAGCUGAAAGAUACGGACUUGCUCGCUGCUCAGUCGAACGGCUAUCGUCGGAUGUCGGCGAAUCUCUACAAGACCAAGAACAAGGACGAAUAUUUCCACAUUCAUGGCUCCCUUGAAGCUACGACGACGCUGAACAUGAUUGGUCUGGAGGGUCAGCGUCCGGAUCUGACUGAUUAUGAGGAGAUCAUCAAGGUGAUUGAGAGUCAUGUGCAGAAAUACACCGCUGCAGAGUUAGAGGAGAUGAACAAGGAGAAGAGGCAGGCUGGUGUCACGGCGCUCAAGUACGAGGACUUCAUUAAUACUCCACAUGGCAAACUCAACGUCCAGCAACCCCCAUGGAAGGUGACCCGUCUGAGCGGCGACUUGGCCCCUACACCUUUCCCUGCCAGUCGCAAUGGCAGCAAGAGAAUCCUCGAAGGCGUCAAAGUCCUGGAGCUGUGCCGCAUCAUCGCCGGUCCUACGGUGGCGCGUAUUUUGGCCGAAUAUGGCGCCGAUGUUCUCAAGAUCACCAGCCCCAAGCUGUCUGAUGUACCCUUCUUCCAGGUCGACGGUAACAUGGGCAAGCACGCUGCUGAUCUCGAUAUCAAGACCGAGGAGGGUCGACGUCAAUUCGAAGAGCUUUUGGCUGAUGCCGACGUCCUCGUCGACGGAUACCGCCCGGGAGCUCUGGAGAAACUAGGAUACGGGCCUGAUGCGCUGGCCACAUUGGCCGAGAAGCGCGGCAAGGGAAUAGUGGUUGUGAAUGAGAACUGCUUUGGAUAUGAGGGCGAAUGGGCUGGCCGUCCGGGCUGGCAGCAGAUCGCCGACUGCGUGAGCGGCGUUGCAUGGGCGCAGGGCCAGUUCAUGGGUCACUCGACUCCAAUGGUCCCCCCGUUCCCCAUCUCCGACUACGGCACCGGCUGCAUGGGAGCGAUUGCAGCAUUGACAGGUCUCUACCACCGGGCCAAGCAGGGCGGUUCCUACCACGGCAAAGCCUCGUUGAUGCAUUAUGACUUGCUGCUCUUCGCAGUCGGCAAAUACUCCGACACCGUCCAGGAGAAGAUGCGCGCGGCGCAGCCCCCAGAGUUCUUCAAGCUGCGGCACUGCGACAGCGUGGACCGGAUCUCCUCGACUGUACUGAAGAUCAUGCAGGCUCGGUUCCCCCACCUGUACAGGGCUCCGGAACAGGCGGGACAGGAGGCACUCACUGAGCUCUGGUACUCCAAGGCUUAUGGAGCGGACAUCGAAAUCGUCCGGCCCAUCACGGAGAUCGAUGGCGUGGAGAACAAGUUCAUCCGGGCCAGCCGGCCCAAUGGCGCGGAUUGCGCGAGCUGGGAGGAUUUCAAGAAGCCAGAGGAGGAUUUCCGGAAGAUUUAG